AUGCCCGAAACCGAAAUCCAAGACGAUAAGGCGCCGUAUGUAGUCCCGUUCAUUCUGUCGCUGUUAUCCGAGCAUCAAGCGCAACACUUGAGCGAGGCCAGCCCAGCGCCAUUCUUCAUCGGCCUGAACGGCGUCCAAGGCGCCGGUAAGUCGGUGCUGGUCGAGAUUCUGAAGAGAACAUUGUCUUCUCCCCCACACAACCUGUCGACGGUGGUGUUCUCGCUGGACGAUUUCUAUCUCAGCCAUGCCGACCAGGUGGCCCUCGCCAACAAGCAUUCAGACAACCCGCUGCUCCAGCACCGCGGACAACCGUCCACUCACGACAUCCCGCUUGCGCUGUCGGUGUUCGCGAGUCUAAAACAGAACAAACCCACCAAGAUCCCACAGUACAACAAGGCCGCGUUCUCGGGUCAGGGGGACCGCAUCCCCGAGAGCGAGUGGGAACCAGUCAACACCGCCCCAUCGUCGCCCGUGCGCGUGGUUCUCUUUGAAGGUUGGUGUGUCGGGUUCCGCCCACUCUCGGAGGAGGCCCUCGUGGCAAAGCACGCCGCCGCGGUGCAGGCGCGGCAAAAGUCCACGCCUUCCAAUCCUUACACGGGCCGACUGGGCCACAACACGCUGGAAAGCGUCACGACCAUCAACGAGGCGUUGAAGUCCUACGAUGCACUGACGGCGCAGCUCGACGCCUUCAUCCAUAUCGACGCCCAAAACCCGCAGUACGUGUACAGAUGGCGCGUGGAACAGGAGGCCGGCUUGCGCGCAACUCGCGGCACCGGCAUGACGGACGUCCAGGUCAAGGAGUUCGUCGACGGUUACUAUCCUGCGUACGAGCUGUACACUGACACGCUACGAGAAGGCGUGUUUAGUUUCGACGGCGCGAGAACGGAUUGGAGGGGCCGCCAGCUGCGCCUGGUGGUGGGGGAGGACAGAAAGGUCAGAGAAGUCGUCAGGAUUUGA